AAAAAAAAAAAAAGAGCUUCAAAAUUUGCGGCACGUCCAAUUUGUUAAAUCUCCAAAAAUUUAACUAUUUAAGUGGGCAGCUGAGCACAGGAACUGUGUUUCCUUGGUGUCCAUGCAGAUCCGGGAGCUUGUGCAACUAAAAUAUUUUCCUUCAGUUCUUAGAAACCAGAGAGUUGACAAGGUAACAACUCCUCCAUACUAGGUCUGUGGAGUGUAAACUUAGACACCAUGUGGAAACAGAAACAGAGGAGUCUUAUGGAUUCUUCUGCUCCUCUGAUUAUACUGCUAAUGUUGCUAAUGCUGUUGCAACUUCUGGCUGUAAUGGCAAUAGCCAGAGUGGAGAAUUUUACAAGAUCAGACUUCCCAGUUGACUUUAUCUUUGGUGCCGGCAGUUCAGCAUUUCAAGUAGAGGGGGCUGCCCGUGAAGAUGGAAGGACGCCUAGCAUUUGGGAUACCUUCGUUUAUGCCAAUAAGGGGCUUUCUCAUGGAGCCUCCGGAGACAUAGCUUGUGAUCAGUAUCACAAAUACAAGGAAGAUGUUCAACACAUGGUAGACACAGGUCUGGAGGCUUACAGAUUCUCUAUUUCCUGGUCAAGACUUAUUCCUGAUGGAAGAGGCCGUGUCAACCCCAAAGGUUUAGAAUAUUACAACAAUCUUAUUAAUGAACUCCUAAUGCAUGGAAUUCAGCCACAUGUCACGCUUUUUCACUUUGAUACCCCUCAAGUUCUUGAAGAUGAAUAUGGGGGAUGGCUCAGUCGGAAGAUAGUGAACGACUUUACCGCCUAUGCUGAUGUGUGCUUCAAGGAAUUUGGAGACAGGGUUCUGUAUUGGACUACCAUAAAUGAGGGUAAUGUAUUUGCCAUGGGUGGUUAUGAUAAUGGAAUCUCACCCCCAGGGCGCUGCUCUUUUCCAUUUGGACUGAACUGCUCCAAGGGUAAUUCCAUAACUGAGCCAUAUAUUGCUGGUCACAACAUGUUGCUGGCACAUUCAUCUGCUGUGAAGCUAUACUACAAAAAGCAUAAGGCGACUCAACAUGGUUUUGUGGGACUAAACAUCUACGCUCCUUGGUUUUCUCCAUAUUCUAAUGCUACAGAAGAUAUAAUUGCAACUCAAAGAGCCAUUGAUUUUUACAUUGGUUGGUUUCUCCAUCCAAUGGUGUUUGGAGACUAUCCUGACAUCAUAAAGAAGAAUGCUGGCACAAAGAUUCCAGCGCUAACUCCACGUGAAUCUAGGCUACUUAAGGGCUCAUUCGACUUUAUAGGGCUGAACCAUUAUUUAACACUCUACGUCAAGGACAGUCCUAGCAGCCUUAAUGUGAAUAUCAGGGACAUAGUUGCUGAUAUGGGAUUAAGCACUCUGGGUAUCUGUCGCACAUGUGCUGUGAGCUUGCAUUUUGAGCCAGAAGAUGCACCAGAUAAUCAGAAUGAUGAUACAUCAUCCAGUCUAUCCGGAAUUCUGGAGUAUCUCAGGAAUGUAUAUGCCAAUUUGCCUACUUAUAUCCAUGAAAAUGGUAAAGGAACUGAGCGCAAUGGAACACUAAACGACACAUCAAGGGUGAAAUAUAUGUAUUCAUAUAUCAGGACCUUGCUUGAUGCUAUAAAAAAUGGAUCAAAUACAAAAGGGUACUUCCUCUGGUCUUUGCUAGAUGGUUUCGAGCCAAUAGGCGGCUAUACAACCAGCUUCGGCCUGUACUACGUUGAUUUGGACGACAAGCAAUUGAAAAGAUACCCAAAGCUCUCAGCACACUGGUACUCCAAUUUCCUCAAGGGAAGAACCAUCAAGCCUGAUGAGAUAAAUGAAGUUGUAAAUGAAAUCUUUGUCUCUUCGACAUCGAAAGCCUCUGAUCAGUGAUGACUAGUAAAAUCCUUGCAUCAUUUCUUCUUUUUCUGAUUCUUACUUGCACGACUUCGUCUUCCCACGCCUCCGUCUUCCCACGCCUCAUUGUCUUUGAUCAUUUUGCGCUUAUGGGGUUCUCUGUUCAAGUUAUGCACAAUGUAUUUAGUAACUGUGCACGAACUGCACCAAAGGGUAGUGCUAGGAUCUGUUUUAAGUAUGCCAGUAAAUUCUAUAUGGAUUGGAUCAUUUAUUUUGAAGCAGCUUUAUAUGACAAGGGUUUCAGUUGCACUAAAACAUGACAGGAACAUGCAAAUUUGUACAACUCAAACUGAGAGCCUGAAAGGCUAUGGUAUAUGGGUCAAUUGUCCUA